CAAGAGCGAACACAUCUUUAGAUUUAAUUUCAAUUACCUAUUUAGGUUUAUUUAGUUUAGUAGAUAGAAUUAGAAAAUGUACGCGCUAUUUGUGUUUGUUUAUUUGUGUAUGUUCCCGGCUUCUAAGAUUCAUGGUUACAGGACCGUAAAGUCUGACGAGGCUGACAUUAUCGUGGCAGAAGCAGGAGAGAGCGCGGACAUUGUGUGCGAGAGCGAAGUGCUCCUCAUCGGGUGUGAGUUCAUACAUCCCGAAGUAGCGGAUCUCUUAGUUUUUUACAAUGCGGCCGUGAAAUCAUGCAAGAUCACUGUGAACGCAACGCCCGCGUACUCGGGGCCCUGGACGUGCGUCUUCUACCCCUCGUCGUCAUCUCGCCCACAAGUACCGCAGCCCAACAAGAUGGUGGAACUGAGAGUGGUAGGGAGAUACAGAGAAAAUACGAGGAGGGAAGAAGACAGCGUGACGUUGUCGUAUGCAAGAUCCCUCGAAGAUGUGGCUCCGACAAAUGCUGCGCCAAACAGAGAGGUCACAGUGAGGGAAGGAGACAGCGCGGCGUCGUAUGAAAACGACGAGCCCACAGUGAUCAGCGUACAGACGUACGUGUGCGCUAACCUGGCCUUCCUGGCCACCUUCGCGGCGCUACUCUACUGCAAGGAGCGCUACUACACGCGCUACUACGGCACGCGCUGGGCCGAUGAUGAUGAUGACAGUAUCCACGAGGCGAACGUUGAUGGGGACGUCAAGUGUUCUGCCAAUGCUUUGGUGCUUGUGGGAUGA